AUGGCGUCAGCAAACACCGAACAGAAGCAGCAACAAGUUAUCGAUGCCGCCGAGUCUUCGUUCCAAAAUGCACAAGCCGAGACGAACCCGGACAAGGUCGAAAAACAGCUGGUCGACGAGACCCGGAAAGCAGGUCUGCCUGCCUACCAAUUCGACCCGGAUGCAUCACCCGAAGAGAAAGCCGCCGAGGCGGAAGCUCGCGUACCCCCGGGCUUCCACCAUGAGCGGAAAUCAAAGGCAGUAGGCGUAGUUACAGACAAGGAUGAUGGCACUCCGUCUCCGUAUAGUCUUCCUCCCCCGAGGUCCGCAACUACAUUACUCAAAGAGGACAAGGCCGAGGAGGUAGCAGAGACCAAGGAGGGAGAGAUUGACGACGAUAGGCGAUGGGCGCGCAACCGAACAGGGUGGGCUCCUCAGUUUGUCCGCGAGGAUGCCCCGGAAGACCAGGACGAGGCCACUCUGUUGGAUCAUCAGACGUUUUUGGAGGGCAAACUUGACGAUAAAUUCUUUGGCGACUGGUAUCACAAUGCCGGUGUCAUCAUGUUUGCCUGUCUCUCCUCGUGGAUGAUUGCUGUUCUAGGUGGUGGCCUGGCGUGGAUUUUCCUUGUCAUGGCCGCUUGUGGUACUUACUAUCGCACUUCGCUGCGGCGAGUUCGACGGAACUUCCGCGAUGAUGUUCACCGCGAGAUGGCAAAGCAACGCCUGGAGACUGAUACCGAGAGCUUGGAAUGGAUCAACAGUUUCUUGGUCAAGUUCUGGCCUAUCUAUGCACCGGUCAUGUGUGAUACUAUCAUCAAUUCCGUUGAUCAGGUUUUGAGCACGUCAACCCCGGCAUUUCUGGAUAGUCUGCGAUUGAAGACCUUCGUCUUGGGUACCAAGCCACCGCGCUUGGAGCAUGUCAAGACCUACCCAAAGACGGAGGUUGACACUGUAAUCAUGGACUGGAAAUUCAGUUUCACCCCUAAUGACACCAUGGAUUUGACUGCUCGCCAACUGAAAGACAAGAUCAACCCUAAGGUUGUCUUGGAAGUGCGUGUUGGCAAGGGCGUUGUCAGCAAGGGUCUUGACGUGAUUGUUGAGGACAUGGCCUGCAGUGGCUUGAUGAGAGUGAAGGUCAAACUUCAGAUCCCCUUCCCGCAUAUCGAACGAGUUGAUGUCUGCUUCCUGGGACGGCCGGAGCUUGACUACGUUUGCAAGCCCCUCGGUGGUGACACUCUCGGUUUUGACAUCAACUUCAUCCCCGGUCUUGAGACCUUUAUCAAGGAACAGAUUCACGCCAACCUGGGACCCAUGAUGUACGAACCCAACGUCUUCCCCGUUGAGAUCGCUAAGAUGCUUUCUGGAAAUGCUGUUGAUCAGGCAAUUGGUGUUGUUGCUGUCACUCUUCAUGGCGCAGCGCAGCUCAAGAACCCCGAUAAAUUCGCUGGUACACCAGAUCCAUAUGCAAUCGUCUCUAUGAAUAACCGAAAUGAGAUUGGCCGCACCAAGACUAUACAAGAUACGGACAGCCCCCGAUGGAAUGAGACUAUUUACGUUAUCAUCACAUCAUUUUCGGAUACUUUGACCAUCUCUCCAUAUGACUGGAAUGAGUUCAGAAAGGACAAGGAACUGGGAACCGCAACUUUCGCGUUGGACAAACUGGAACAAGAGCCUGAGCACGAAAGCAUAUACCUUGAAGUCUUGGCAAGUGGCCGAACCCGUGGCUCCAUCCAUGCCGACAUCCGAUUCUUCCCUGUUCUGGAGGGAAGGAAGCUGGAGAAUGGUGAAAUUGAACCGGCGCCAGAGAUGAAUACGGGUAUCGCUCGAUUCACUGUUGAGCAAGCAAAGGACCUGGACGGUACCAAGAGCAUUGUGGGACAGCUUAACCCUUACGGUGUUCUCCUCCUGAACGGAAAGGAAAUCCACAUAACCAAUAAGCUCAAGCGAACAAACAACCCCAUUUUCCAAAAUGCUUCCAAGGAGUUUUUGGUCACGGACAGAAAGACUGCCAAGCUUGGUCUAGUGAUCAAGGAUGACAGAGAUCUAACCAAGGAUCCGAUCCUUGGAAAGUAUCAAAUCAAGAUGAACGACAUGCUCAAAAUGAUGGAGAAAGGCCACCAGUGGUUCCAUCUUCAUGGCGCCAAGACUGGGCGUGCCAAGUUGGUCUUGGAUUGGAAGCCUGUUGCAGUGGGAGGUAUCGCGGGAGGCGCCGGCUACCUCGACCCUAUUGGUGUCAUGCGCAUCCACUUCAGGGACGCAGCAGGUCUCCGAAACCUGGAGAAGAUGGGCAAGUCUGACCCCUACGCUCGUGUCCUGCUCUCUGGUUACAUGAAGGGUCGAACCGUCACUUUCAGAAACAAUCUCGACCCCGACUGGGAUGAGGUUGUCUAUGUCCCUAUCCACAGCGAUCGUGAGAAGCUCACCCUGGAAGUCAUGGAUGAAGAAUCUGUUGGCAGUGACAGGUCUCUUGGUUCAGUGGAACUCUCUGCAUCUGACUAUGUCCGCGAGAAUGAAGCUGGCGGAUACGAAACCGACGAUGAGAAGCAGCUCGUGUCUCGGACGCUCCGCCUCGGCAACCGCGAGAAGGGAGUCCUGAACUACACCGUCGCUUUCUACCCGACCAUUCCUGUUGUCAACCCUGACGAUGAAGAAGAAGACGACGAGCAACUCGAUGUCGAUGGCGAGACUGGGGGAUCCGUUGACCUGGCGAGGAAGAGUACUGACUCCAAGCGCAAGAGCUUCCAUUCCAAGACCAGAAGUGUGGACUCCAAGGCAGCAGCGACGAACGGCAAUGGCACCGCAGAUGCGCAGACGAACGGUCGCCCGAGCCUUGAGUCGCGACCCGGUACCGCAAAAGACUCCGAGACUAUGUCAGUCAGAUCCAUCAAGGAGGCGCCCAAAACAUACAUAUCAGUGGAAGAUCUUGCGAGUCACCAAUCCGGUUUCCUUGUGUUCAAGCUUCAUGAGGUCAAUCUCGCACAGACCAAUGUGCAUGUGGAAGUUUUAAUGGACGACUAUAUGUUUCCAGUGUGGUCGUCACCCAAGAUCCGUACAAAGGCUGCUGCGGUGGAUGACAUCGGUGAUGCAUUCGUGCGAGAACUCGACUUCUCGAAAAUUACCCUUAGAAUUGUCGACAAGGUUAACGCGAAGGGCGACGAUGCUGAUGAACACAUUGUGGCUAAGCUAACUGGCGAUACCCUUUCUACCCUUCAGCGCAUCCUGUACACGCCCACCGAGCUCAAUUUACGAUCUAACGAUGGAGAAGUGAGCAAGGUCACUGUUAGUGCGCGAUAUAUUCCUGUUACUAUGAAACUUGACCCUACAGAAAGCAUCAACAACAUGGGUACCCUCCGCGUGGAUGUUUUGGAUGCUGCGGAUCUUCCUUCUGCAGACCGAAACGGAUUCAGUGACCCAUACUGCAAAUUCCGUCUGGAAGAUAAAGAAGUUUUCAAGACUAAAGUGCAGAAGAAGACUCUCCAUCCUGCGUGGAACGAGUUCUUCGAGGCUCCUGUUAAGUCGCGCAUUGGCGCCAAUUUCCGCUGCGAUGUCUAUGAUUGGGAUUUCGGCGACAAGGCGGACUACCUUGGUGGAGUUCCAAUCGACUUGGAGAUGUUGGAGCCUUUCCAGAACCAAGAGGUUUCUCUGACUCUUGACGGGAAGUCGGGUGCCAUCCGAUUGAAGCUCCUCUUUAAACCUACCUAUGUCAUGCGUUCUCGCCAGGGAUCGUCAACCUUUUCUGGUACAUUCGCUACACCCGGAAAGAUCGUUGGGGCCCCCGUCAAGGGAGUUGGUUUUGUUGGUGGCAACGUGAUCAAGGGCGCUUCCUUCUUAGGACGAGGAAUCAUGUCGAAGAUCCGAAGAGAUGACCAUAGCGACGAUGAGAACGAACAGAAGGAAGUCCCGUCGGCUAUCCUAGUGGACGGAGAGACACCACCUAGUGGGACACCCAACAAGAGCGAGCUUAGCCAUUCUCGAUCCCGAAGUGGCGCCUCCCAUUACGGCGAUCGAAACAGUAUCGGUGGCAGGGGAGAUACCGGAACUGCCACCAUCUCGGUUUUAUCUGCGAGCGGAUAUCCUCCAUCGGCUAAUGUUCGGGUGUUCAUCCGCGCGUCCGGACCAAAGGGCAGCAAGGAGGUGCUCAAGACCAAGGCUAUCAAGAGCAGUAGCGGAUCCGUACAGUUUGACUCCGCGAGCGAGACUUGCCAGCUGCACAACACGACAGCGGAUGUGUAUUACCAUAUCAGGUUAGUUGACCAUUCAACUUUCGGCUCUGACACUGUGUUGGGAGAGGGCAACUUCCUCGUCGCCGACCAGGGAUCAGCUGUUGGACAAGAGAAGACGGUGAAUGUUGGCAGUGGAACUGUUGUACUUCGAACCGGCUUUUCGGGUUCCGGAGACAGUCUCCGCCCCGGGACAGCGUAUUCGACUGCAGGCGACAAUGCAUCGGAGGUUCAUGUGGCGGACAGCCCAGACUCGAGGAAGCCUCGACGGAGCUUCCUGAGCAAACGCAGUGUCAGCGGGCGUGAGUAG